UAGCAGGCACCCUCUCCCGCAUUCCUUCUUCAGUCUUGUUUUGACCAUCGCGUAGAGUAGACCUACACACAGUAUGCUCCCUGUGAUAUUACUAGCUCUCACACUCUGUGGAGCUAAAGGAAGUAAAGUUAGAAAUAUUUACUGGAAUAUAACAACAGCAGGAGAUUCCCCUGUACCUAGAACUGUACUAGUCAACGAGGGAAACCUACCAACCGAAUAUGACCAGGUUAACCUCAUCUGCCCGGUGUACAAACCGGGCACACCGGUCACAGAGCAGCAUAUCAUCUACAGUGUGGAGAAGGAUGAAUUUGACUCAUGUCGUGUCACGAGUCCUAGACCUAGGAUAGUUGCUGUGUGUAAUCAGCCGCAAACCUUUAUGUACUUCACCAUUACGUUCAGGAGCUUCACCCCCACCCCAGGAGGGCUGGAGUUCAGGCCAGGCAGGGAUUACUACUUCAUCUCUACCUCCAAUACCAAGGAUAUUCAUCGAAGGGUCGGAGGCUGGUGUGCCUCUCAUAAUAUGAAAAUGAUCUUUAGGGUUGCGGAGAAUAGAAAAACGGAGGAAACCUCUCCAACUCCCAAACCCCGACAGAUCCCUACUCCAGCAGCAUUCUGGAGUAAAUACUGGGACUCCAGGGUACCCGGAGAAGAGGAGAACUAUAUUCAUACCCGUUCCUUCCAUCAAACCGCCGAGGAUACAUACUUUAAGGAUGAGAACCUCAUCUAUCAUCCUCGGAGGAUGGAUAAAUCAGUGGAUAUAACUAUUACAGCAAGUGCUCUUAGUUCGGGUUCAACUCAGUUCUCUAGGUUUACAGUUCUAAACAUAGUGUUCCUAUCAGCGCUUAUAUCUCUGUUCUAAAAGCGGAGAGAUUUAAUGAACAUUUGCAACCUGAACCCUCAGCGCCCUGUAAUCAGAUAGCGUCGUAUUCAUUCUGUUCCACAAACCAUUAAACCUUGUACAUUAUCUGUAUAUAAAUCUGAAUUGCAAGAAAUACAAGAAUUCUAAAUUUAA